AUGGCUGCCGCCGUGCCACCACGAAGAGCACAGACCGGCGGAUCGUCACAGAGGAUGCGUUCAUGGACUCUAUGCCAAGUUGCCAACAGCCAUUCAACCGAUGUUCGUCCCUUGUCCGACUUCCGCAUAAAAUAUUCCCAGCAAUUGAACCUUCACAUCGAUGCCUUUAGGUCUUACCUCAAGACUGAAUAUGGUGCAAUUACCGGACACUCCAUCCAGGACAGACCGAGAAUGUUCCAUUCUUACCACCGAGUGAUAUUGGUGCUCGGCCAUCUAGAGAGGUCUCAUGUUCGGUCAGGAGCAGACGUGCGGCGCCAUUUCAGACGGGCCGGAUUCACAUUGCAUUUUGCCGGGAAUUUCCACCACACAAAAGUCGCGGACCAGCAUCUCAUGACUGUCGAUACAUUCAGUUUGCACGGCUGCAGAUCCGGUAGAAUACAUCAAAUACGUCAGAUAUCCGAUUUGCCCACAGUAACUCACCAGUCAACGAAUUUGGUAAAUGUGCAGGCACGAUGGAUGGCGGGUAUGCGUCGACAGAUGGCUUGGGAGGCAGUGACGAGAGACAUGAGGCGGCUUCAAUGCUUCCUUCUUGGGAGGAAGCUUUGUGCAACGAACUCCGCCACAGAAAGGCGUAAUGCACGGAUGCAGUGCCCUUCUCCUCCGCUGUGUUGA